CCUGGGUAAGAGCAGCUGUGACAACAGCGGCUUUCAGAAACCUUUCGAGCGGCUGCCUUUAAAAACCAACAACAACUUCAAAUUCAACCGACAUCCAACGUCGACCACCGAAAACGGGCUGUGAACUAUGGCGGGUAAGGAGCUUUUCAGGGUCCGGGUCGAUUUUAUAAAGACAGUGCCACAAGCAGUUAUCGAUGACCUCCUGGGCGACCUCUUGGCACUCAAGGUCUUGAAUAAUGAGGAGAAGGACUCAGUUACUGAGGAUAAUCAUUCCAGAGCAAACAAGGCACGUUCUCUCAUAGACUUCGUCAUCAAAAAAGGAGACGUGGCCAGUGCGGUGAUGAUUGGUCAGCUGAAGAUAAGAGACGCGUCACUUCACACAAAUUUGGGUUUGUCCUCUUGGCUACCUGCUCAGACAGCGGUCUCAUUGGUGUCCAUGAAGGAGCAGGGCUUGCCAGGAUCCUCCAACCUCAUCUCCAGUACUAAAGCGUCCCAGAAAGAAAAUAUUUACCCUGUGACCGACCAGAGCAUGAAGAGUCGCAUGGCCCUGCUAAUCACUAAUAUGAAGUUUGAUAAUAAGGACUUGAAUAGGGCGGGGGCUGAUAAAGAUGAAGAAAACAUGGAGACGCUCCUCAAAUCGUGGAAAUACGAUGUGGUGAAACACAGGGACCUUAGUGGGCAGGAGAUAGACAAGGCUGUAAAGGAGUUCUCUCGACAUGUAAACCUCCCCCAGACAGACAGCGUCUUUGUAGUAAUCAUGUCUCAUGGGAUAAUGGGAGCUGUGCUUGGCGUACACUGGAAGGAGGCCGAACCGGAUAUGUUCCCCAUUGACAAUAUCUACAAACACUUGAACACACGGAACUGCCAAGCACUUCUGAACAAACCCAAGGUCAUCAUCAUCCAAGCCUGCAGAGGAGGGGAGAAGGGAGCUGUGCUUGUCAGUGAUGGGCCUGGUGUCACACGUGACAGGAUACCUCCACUGGUCUGUGACACUGAGCACCAGGCAUCACUGCCUGGCUUUACAGAUGACGUAAUGGACGAUGCUUUACACUUGGCACAUAAGGAAAAAGACUUCAUCACCCUCUUAUCCUGCACUCCUGAUACUGUUUCGUGCAGGGAUCCCAACAAGGGUUCUCUUCUAAUCCAGUUCAUUGUUGAGGUAUUCAAAACCUCUGCUCAUGAGGAUCACAUUGAAGAUCUUUUCAGGAUGGUCCUUUACAGGUUUGAAGACCUUCCUCUUGGCUGCAGAAGACAGAUGCCAACCAAAGAUAGAUGCACUCUGACGAAACCCUUCUACCUCUUCCCAAGCCAUUAAGACACAAUCCAGUUAUGAUUAAGCACGGAAUUUUUUUAAAAUACAUGUUUACUUUUUUUUUACAUUUCAUAUUUUUAUGGGAUAAUAGGUAUUCAUAGACUAUUCACCACUCCAGGAAGUAUUAAUGUGGAUUACUGAUACAUUUUGUAAUCCUUGUAAAAUUAUCCUUUACCUUGUAAAAUUUUAACGAGUAAGUCGUUGUCAAGUUUUAUUGGAAUUACUCAGUUCAUUUACUUUGAAAAUAUGAGCCCAUCACAUACAAUUGGUUGCCUGCAUCAAUCAAAAAAGAAAGAAGUUUCCCGGCAUAUUUCCCCUCACCCGUGUUCUGACAAAUCCUGCCUCUGAUGAUCAGUGACUACGGAAAUCAGUGAUCAGACCACCGAUUGAGCAGUUCUACAUUUUGUUUAUUCUUAUUCGUAAUUGACUAAUAUUUUGAUUUUUAUAUCUUUUUCCUAUAACUGCUCAGUUGUCUCAAGAAUUUUUAGGGAGUGGUGUCGUCCUCAUUAAUUAACAAACAAAGGGGCGGUUGGCCUCAAUUGAAUCGUUAUUACCUAGGCCCUAUUCCAGUGCCAGGCCUCGCUCCAUUUAGAACUGUAGAGAUGGGGGCGUCCGGGUAGUGUAGCCGUCUAUUCCGUUGCCUACCAACGCGGGGAUCCUGGUUCGAAUCCCUGUGUUGCCUUUGGCUUGGUCAAGCAUCCCUACAGACACAAUUGCUGGUGGGAAGCCGGAUGUGGGUAUGUGUCCUGGUCACUG